AAACCUAAUUGUUUCAUACUUUGAUUUGAUUUCUUCUACAAUCAUCUCUUCCCUCCACCUUCAAACCUGCAACCCUAACUCCACCAACAAACAAUGGCGUUUUUCGAUCUCAACAUCCCCUACACCGAAUCACCAAACCAAACCUCUACUAACAACAAAUCCACACGCUUAAAACUCGCCGUAAAAGCAAUGGAACUCGGUUACACCGGCGUCGCCUACAACCGCACCAUCACCGGAGUAAUGUCAAAAGACGACCAUUGUUCAAUCUUCUUAUUCCCGCUCUCCUCCGUCCUCAAACUCUCUCCGUCCAUCUCCUCCGCUGUCAACCUCCACCGCCGCCUCCUCAAUGUUCCAACCACCGCUCCGUUCCGUCAGUACACUCGCCUCACGUUUGUCGUUGAUUCAGAGGCGAAAGGUUCGUGUUUGAAUUCCGGUAAUCCGGUGAUUAAAAGUUAUGACAUUGUUGCUGUUAGGCCUUUGAGUCAGGACGUGUUUGAUAAAGCUUGUAAGAGUUAUGAGGUUGAUAUAAUUGCUAUUGAUUUCUCGGCGAAUCGGUUUCAGUUGAGGCAGCCAUUAAUUAAAGCUGCUAUUGAGAGAGGUGUGUAUUUUGAAAUUACAUACUCUGGUCUGCUUGUGGAUGCUCCAUUGAGGAGGCAGAUAAUAUCCAAUGCCAAGCUUUUGGUGGAUUGGACAAGAGGAAAAAACGUUAUAUUUUCUAGCGCCGCUGCUUCCGUAACUGAAUUUAGAGGACCAUAUGAUGUUGCAAAUCUAGCAUGCUUACUUGGUUUCUCUAUGGAACGUGCUAAAGCAUCUCUGUCAAAAACAUGUAGAUCUUUAUUAGAGAAUUCUUUACGGAAGAAGAAGUUCUACAAAGAAGCCAUUAGGGUUGAGUUAAUCUCAUCGACAGAGGAUGAUAGUAUGGAUGACUGGCUUAAGUGGGACCCCAUAUCCAGUGACGAAGGUGAUUUACAACUAGACGACAUCGCAAAAUCAUUUGCGGCGUCCAACAAAGAACCGAAAACGGUCAAAGCAAUUGACUUUGUUUCAGUUAUUAAUGAAUUGCCAUCACAUGGAUUGCAAAUCCACGACAUGGUAACCGAAACAAAAUCGGAUUCUAAGUUUCAUGAUCCUCGCAAAAAAGACGAUUUAUUAAAAUCUGGGAACUGUGAUGUCUCACCAGUGAAUGGAAAUCUUGAAACUUUGGCUGGUGUUGAAACAAGUGAAACUUGUGCGAUGAUUAUAGAAGAACCUGAGCAGCAGAAUCUGUCAUUAAAAGUUUAUGACGAUACACAUGAAGAAAAUGUUAUUGAUGAAAAAGAAGGUGAAAAUAUGUGUAGUGAUGAUCCAAAUUCAGGAAUUUUGAUCCCGAUUGAUGAUAAUCCUUCUAAUCUCCAGUGUGAAGAAGCGAAUAACCUUUCUCUCAAUGCCUGUUUAGUUCCACCAAUGACUGAAUCGAAUGAAGCAGGUUUACCUGAAGAGGUUCUAGAACAACACAUGAUUGAUACAAAAGAUGUUGCAGUUAUACCUGUCAGCUCAUGUUUGGCCUCUUCUGGUGUAUCUUUGAAUGAAGAUCUUCCAGAAGAACAGAUGAGUGAUGCAAAAGAUGUUGCGGUUACACCUGUUAGCUCAUGUUUGGCCAUUUCUGGCGUAUCUUUGGGUCAAGAUAUACUAGAAGAACACAUGAGCGUAAUAGGGGAAAAUGUUUCAACUGCACCUAUCAGUGAAUUAGCCACUUUGAGACCUCUUGAUGAGAUGCAAAUCAAUGGUUGUGAUUCAGUUGUUCAUGAGCCAUUGGAUGAUUUGCCAAUGGAAGUCAACGUAGAGGUCAAAGAUGAUAGUCAUAUGAAUCAUUUCUCUGCACAGGAGUCUUCAUCAGGUAGAGUUAGAAGAAAGCAUGGAGGUUCAGGGCGAUCGAUGUCAUUUCCUUUUAGAAGGUGGUUAAAACCUUCACAUUCUAAGAAAACUCUAAAGGAGAGAAGAAAUAGCACAAUAAGAAAACUCUAAAGGAGAGAAGAAAUAGCAGAAUGUUGCAAGUGAUUUUGGAGGGGGGUUUAGUUAGGUGAGUUUUUAAAGGAACCGAAUUCUACAAUGUUUUUUUUUUUUUUUUUGAAGUUUAGAUUCGAUAUUUUUGGCAAUAUUCUAGUUUGGUUUGUAAGUUUGUUAAAGUGGUCUCUUUUGUGUGUCUGGUUUUUUACAAAAAGGGGGACCUCGCAACACGCUCUAUUGAACCAGUGCCGUAUCAGUUGUGUUUCUCAACUAUAGUAGUGACAGAACUGAAGUAUACUGAAACAACAAGGUUUGUUUAGGGGGGCGUUUUUAGGGUCAAAUAUCCAUUUUACCCCUAAAUUCAUCUAUAUGAUUUUUUCUUUCAAUCUUUUUUUUUGUGAUUCCAUACCUAAUAUUGCAUCUCGGUUUUUAACUGCUCUCUUUUACACACAUUAAAAGUGGGGGGGGGGGGGGGGGGGGAUAUUCCACGGUCCUCCCAACCGCCGAGGUGAUCCCACCUCGCAGACCGCCACCCAGCAAGCCUGAGUCUGGGGGUAAAUCCGCUACCGUAGGGGCAUUGGGAAUGAGCAAGACUCGAACCCGCCACCUGCGGGUUAGAAUGCGGGCUGGUGGCCAUUGGGCUGACACCCAAUGGUUCACAUUAAAAGUGAUAUACUUGUUUAUGCGUGUUUUUAGGCAUUGUUUCUGUAUACUUCGGAUUAGGGGGUCCGGUUGUAAUUGUUAGUAAAGGUUUAGGUAUAGGUUUAACUGGUGUGCUUAAAAGCCAGGAGACCUAAUUAGAGAUCAGCCAUCUUUUGAUUGAGAUUUACCGUACUUCUCUGCAAGUUCUAUUCUUCUAAGUCAACUAAGUCUAUAAAAAAGGACGGGUCAGGUUGGGUAUCGGGUCAUGACCGGUCCAAGUGAAAAUGAACCCGGGCCAUUUAUAAAACACUUUGGUUCAGGUCAUAGCCGGUUUCUAAUAAAAUUAGAUUGGGUUGACAUGAAUCAUUUUUUUUCAAAAAGGUAUCAACAUGGGUCCACUCACUAUCGUCUGUUGUUGCGGGUAUUGGCGGUGUUGGUAGCGGCAGCGGUAGAGACCAAGUGGAGGAGGUGGCAACAAUGAUGGUGGUGGCGGUAGUCGGCGACGGUUGCGUUGUUGGUGUUGAGGGCAGUAGUGGUGAAAGUGGUGGUUGCCUAUGUGGUUGCGGCGACGGUGGUUGCAUGGACAUAGGCUGUCGACGACGACGAAGGUUGUGGUGAUUGCUAUGAGGGUCUUGUCUGCGGUGUUUGUGUUGACAUCAAUGUUUGCGUUGGUGGCCAAAAGCCGGUGGAGGUGACGGCCAAUAGGUGAUGGCGACAAACAAUGCACAUUUGACCCUAUUUUAAGUUGGUGAUUGUUUUAUGAGCGGGUUGUUUUGACAUGUUUAACUUGAAUCGGUCCAAAAUGACCCGUUUUAUAUA